GAGAGAAACUUGCCGGGCUUGACGUGUUGGCUGCUCUCCGAAUGGAAACCGGCCCGGUGGAGGCUAAUGAUGGGGUGCAGGCGGCACUGUGAUUAGGAUUGUUGUUGUUUGCAGCUGAUGGGGCUCUGGCGCUUCUCUCGCGCGCUGCCAGGGACACCCAAGCGUUGGCUGUCUCUGCGUCCGGCGCAGCCGGUAGAGGCACUCGGGACCCCUGGUUACGACGUUCCUCCCCUUUGUUGUAGCGUUCACGGAGGACCGAGGGUAGCCCCUUGAGGGAUGAGCCGGGCCCACUGGAAGAGAAAAGUACUUUGAAAGGGAGGGUAGGAAAAAUACGAAAAGGCACCCAGAGUCGGUAUUUGAAAUGCGAGAUGCACUUCAGAGAUUAGAAAAUCCAGACAUUUAACGUGGAUGCGCCAUGCCAGACCGUAGAAGAUUUAACGAAUGGGGUUGUGAUGGCCCAGGUUCUUCAAAAAAUAGAUCCUGCAUAUUUUGAUGAAAAUUGGCUAAACAGAAUCAAAACCGAAGUAGGAGAUAAUUGGAGGCUAAAGAUAAGCAAUUUAAAGAAAAUUUUAAAGGGAAUCCUGGAUUAUAAUCAUGAGAUUUUAGGACAGCAAAUUAAUGACUUUACCCUUCCUGAUGUGAAUCUGAUUGGUGAACAUUCUGAUGCGGCAGAGCUUGGAAGGAUGCUUCAACUCAUCUUAGGCUGUGCUGUGAACUGUGAACAGAAGCAAGAGUACAUCCAAGCCAUUAUGAUGAUGGAGGAAUCUGUUCAACAUGUUGUCAUGACAGCCAUUCAAGAGCUGAUGAGUAAGGAAUCUCCUGUCUCUGCUGGAAACGAUGCCUAUGUUGACCUUGAUCGCCAGUUGAAGAAAACUACAGAGGAACUAAAUGAAGCUUUGUCAGCAAAGGAAGAAAUUGCUCAAAGAUGCCAUGAACUGGAUAUGCAGGUUGCAGCAUUGCAAGAGGAGAAAAGUAGUCUCUUGGCAGAGAAUCAGGUAUUAAUGGAAAGACUUAAUCAAUCCGAUUCUAUAGAAGAUCCUAACAGUCCUGCAGGAAGAAGGCAUCUGCAGCUCCAAACUCAGCUGGAACAGCUACAAGAAGAAACAUUCAGACUAGAAGCAGCCAAAGAUGACUAUCGUAUACGCUGUGAAGAGUUAGAAAAGGAAAUCUCUGAACUUCGGCAACAGAAUGAUGAACUAACCACUUUGGCAGACGAAGCUCAGUCUCUAAAAGAUGAAAUAGAUGUACUUAGACAUUCUUCUGAUAAAGUGUCUAAACUAGAAGGCCAAGUGGAAUCAUAUAAAAAGAAGCUAGAAGAUCUUGGUGAUUUGAGGCGUCAGGUUAAACUCUUAGAAGAAAAGAAUACUAUGUAUAUGCAGAACACUGUCAGUCUAGAGGAAGAGUUAAGAAAAGCCAAUGCAGCUCGAAGUCAACUUGAGACAUAUAAGAGACAGGUAGUAGAACUACAAAAUAGAUUAUCUGAAGAAUCGAAGAAAGCAGAUAAAUUAGAUUUUGAAUAUAAGCGGCUAAAAGAAAAAGUUGACAGUCUUCAAAAAGAAAAGGAUAGGUUAAGAACAGAAAGGGAUUCUCUGAAGGAAACCAUUGAAGAGCUUCGUUGUGUACAGGCUCAAGAAGGACAGCUCACAACUCAAGGGUUAAUGCCUCUGGGAAGUCAAGAAUCUUCAGAUAGUCUGGCAGCAGAGAUCGUUACGCCUGAAAUCAGGGAGAAACUUAUUCGCCUUCAGCAUGAGAAUAAGAUGUUAAAAAUUAACCAAGAGGGUUCAGACAAUGAAAAAAUUGCCUUAUUGCAGAGUCUUCUGGAUGAUGCAAAUCUACGCAAGAGUGAACUGGAGACAGAGAAUAGGCUGGUGAAUCAGAGACUUCUGGAAGUACAGUCACAAGUUGAAGAAUUGCAAAAAUCUUUACAGGAUCAAGGCUCAAAAGCAGAAGAUGCUAUUUCAGUUCUUCUAAAAAAGAAGCUUGAAGAACAUCUGGAGAAGCUUCAUGAAGCCAAUAAUGAAUUGCAGAAGAAGAGAGCCAUUAUUGAAGAUCUUGAACCACGGUUUAAUAACAGCUCCUUAAAAAUUGAAGAAUUACAAGAAGCUUUACGGAAAAAAGAAGAGGAAAUGAAGCAAAUGGAGGAACGAUAUAAAAAAUACUUAGAGAAAGCCAAAAGUGUUAUCCGUACUUUAGACCCUAAGCAGAAUCAAGGAGCAGCACCAGAAAUACAAGCUCUUAAAAAUCAGCUCCAGGAACGGGACCGACUGUUCCAUUCUUUAGAGAAAGAAUAUGAGAAAACAAAGAGUCAAAGAGAAAUGGAGGAGAAAUAUAUUGUUAGUGCCUGGUACAAUAUGGGAAUGACCCUGCAUAAAAAGGCGGCUGAAGAUAGACUUGCUAGUACAGGUUCAGGGCAAUCAUUUCUGGCUAGGCAGAGACAAGCAACCAGCACAAGAAGAUCUUAUCCGGGCCACGUUCAACCCGCCACAGCAAGGUAGACAAGUCUUGUCAUCAGAACAAAAAAACAGCCUGCAUUCAGAGCAUACUUCUGUUACAUAUGACGACAUUUCAGGAAAUUCAGCCAGCUUAUUUUUUGUCUCUUUUAUGUUGAUAUUUAGUUGUUUCUCAUUAGAGGACUUUCUCUCUCCUGUAUCUAUAUUUUAGUUUCUUGGUUCUUUAUUUUGUAGUCCUUUCGGUUCCUUUUAAUGUGCCAAAAAUUUUUAAAUGCCCUAUUAAAAGUGUUGUAUAAUAGUG